UUUCCCCUUUUUCUACUUUUCUUCCUUUCAUGCUUCAGUCUUGGUCCUUCCAGUUAUCUUCUUCUUCCCUGCCUUUAUCUUAUUAUAACUCCAACUACUUGACAACUGACCGCUUUUCAUUUUUUAUUUCUUUUGAAUCAUUCAAAAGCUUUGCUAAGUUUUUGGCUGAAUGCUGAUCACUAUAUACUACUCAUAAUUCAGCUUCAGUUUCAGGAGGAGUUUUUAAGAAAUGGCUGCAUCUGAAAGGGAUGUGACACCAAUGCUAUCUUCCAUGGACUCGCCUGUUGAUGAGCAAUAUGACUCUCAGUUCAGAAGGUUUACAUCUGGGACAAGGAGUGCAUCCAUGUCUAUCCCCAUGAACUCUGUAGAUUACUAUGACAGCGAAAACAGUUUUGUAGGUUAUACUGGUCCUUUGAGAAAUGAAAAGCAAACACCUUAUGGACAGAUGAGUGGUCCUUUAUAUGUUGGUCAUAAGAACAGUAAUGUGUUUCGGCGUACACAAGGGUUGUUAGGGAACAAAACUACUGAGACUGCAGUAGAAAGAUAUCCCUCAUUGAAUGGCGUGGACCAGAAUGUUCGGUCAGAUAAAGACCAUGCUGGGAAAAAUGACCAUCUUCUGAAGUCCGGGCAACUGGGAAUGUGCCAUGAUCCUUACUGCACAACAUGCCCAAGCUACUACCGUGUUAAAGGGCCACAGGCGAAGUCCAAAUCAUCUGAGUCAUUGGAACAAAAGUUCCAUAAUAUGCUCCGUGGAGAUGCAACAGGCUGGGCAAAGAAAAUUUCAUCUUUCAUCUGUUCUUAUAUUCCGCCGGUAAUGAAUCCUCAUGCAAAAGUUGUUCAGCGGUGGAACAAGUUCUUCGCAAUUUCUUGCUUGUUUGCCAUUUUCCUGGAUCCAUUGUUCUUCUUUCUGCUACAUGUGCAGCAGGAUAACAAGUGUAUAGUACUCAACUGGCCCAUGACUACUACGAUGGUGGUUUUCAGGAGUAUGACUGAUUUGAUUUACUUAAUUCACAUGCUUCUUCAGUUCAGGCUUGCGUAUGUUGCUCCUGAAUCCAGAGUGGUGGGAGCUGGAGAUCUAGUUGACCAUCCAAAAAAGAUAGCGAUUCAUUAUCUCUCUGGAUACUUCAUUAUUGACUUCUUUGUAGUAUUGCCACUCCCUCAAAUCAUCAUAUUGUUGAUCUUACCAGCUUCCCUCGCAUCAAGUGGUGCAAAUUAUGCAAAGAACCUUCUGCGGGUAGUAAUCCUGGUUCAGUACAUUCCAAGGUUGUUUAGAUUUCUACCUUUGUUGGCGGGUCAGUCACCAAGCGGCUUUGUUUUUGAGACAGCUUGGGCAAAUUUUGUUAUAAAUCUUCUAAUAUUUGUGUUGGCUAGCCAUGUGGUGGGAUCAUGCUGGUAUCUCUUUGGCUUGCAGAGGGUGAAUCAGUGUCUUCGAGAUGCCUGUCAUGACUCUGGAGUUCCGGGGUGUAUGAAUUUCAUAGAUUGUGGCCAUGGUAAUGAUUAUAGUAAGUUCACUUCAGAUCCAACAUCACUGGAUCAUUGGAAUCAUUGGAAGAGCAAUGACAAUGCAACUGCUUGUUUUAGUGGUGAUAAUUUCUCCUUUGGAAUCUACCAGCAAGCUGUAAACCUUACCACAAAAGAGAGCAUUGUCACUAGAUAUACAUACGCGCUGUUUUGGGGUUUCCAGCAAAUAAGUACGCUGGCUGGGAAUCUAAUUCCGAGUUAUUUUGUUUGGGAAGUUCUUUUCACAAUGGCCAUCAUAGGAAUGGGUCUUCUGUUAUUUGCUUUGCUUAUUGGAAAUAUGCAGAACUUUCUCCAGUCUCUCGGUCGCAGGAGGUUAGAAAUGUCUCUUAGACGUCGUGAUGUUGAGCAGUGGAUGAGCCAUCGGCGCUUGCCAGUGGAACUGAGAAGGCAAGUUCGAGAAGCAGAACGUUAUAAUUGGGCUGCUACCAGAGGUGUGAAUGAAGAAAUGCUGUUGGAGAAUCUUCCUGAAGAUCUCCAGAGGGCAAUACGGCGUCAUCUCUUUGAAUUUGUCAAGAAAGUCCGCAUAUUCACCCUUAUGGAGGAGCCCAUCUUAGAUGCCAUCUGUGAGAGGCUAAGGCAAAAAACUUAUAUAAAAGGAAGCAAAAUUUUGUACCGUGGUGGCCUUGUUGAUAAAAUGGUCUUUAUAGUCCGGGGGAAGAUAGUGAACAUUGGAGAGGAUGGAAGCUCAGUGCCCUUAUCUGAAGGCGAUGUUAGUGGUGAAGAACUUCUUACUUGGUGCCUUGAGCAUUCUUCUGUAAAUAAAGAUGGAAGAAAGCUCAGCAUUCCAGGACCCAAUACGGUGAGCAAUAGGGAAGUAACAUGCUUAACAAAUGUGGAGGCUUUCAUUUUGAGAGCUGCAGAUCUUCAAGAAGUCACUACCAUGUUUUCAAGAUUCUUAAGAAACCCACGUGUUCAAGGUGCUAUAAGGUAUCAAUCUCCUUACUGGCGGGGCCUCGCUGUGAGGCGCAUUCAAGUUGCAUGGAGGUAUUGGAAGAAGCGACAAAGUCGUGCAGACUCCUUUAGCCCGGAACAUUAUCAUACCUCAAGACACUGACCAUUAACUUUUCUACUGUAUGUUUAUGUUUUAUUGCAUAACUACAGAAAAGGGAGGGUACCCAAAAUUGGAAAAAAAAAAAAGGAUUGUAUGUUUGUAGCCUUGUAGGGCGAUUUAGCUAGUCAACUGCACCAAUCUAGGUGUUUGUAACAUUGCUAGCAUUCUUUGUAGUAUAUGAAAGUAAUAUCAAUUGAAUCAGAAUCUGCAGUAGAAGAAGGUGCAGCUAUUACAGACUCGAAUGUUAAAGAAGAACCUGUUGUCAGAA